UGAUAUAGAUAGCGGAUUGAAAAAUUGAGUUUGUCCAUGCCCAGAGUAAAAACAAUAAUGUAUGUUUAUUUAUUAUGCCGAACUGAUGCGUAAACAAUUCAUCACCCUGUAUAUUCCGUUGUCAUUGCCGUAGUAGGGAAAAAUAACUGUGACUUUUGCCACCGACCGCUUUAAAACAGCGAGAUUAAGGUUAUGGUAAUAGUUUAUAAACAACAAUUUUUAAAUGUAAUCAUAGAUUAAUAAUUUUCAUCUGAUCGAAUAAACACAUUGGUCGGAUACUCAAUAAUUAUGACCACAAAGCAGUCGCAAGAAGUAGAUCCUGUUAAAAAUGAACGUAUGGGAAACGUCCGUGAAGUUGGCUCUCAGGCAAUCUGGAGCCUAUCAUCAUGCAAACCUGGAUUUGGAGUGGAGCAGUUGAGAGAUGAUCGUACAGACACUUACUGGCAGUCGGAUGGGCAACUUCCCCAUUUAGUAAACAUUCAAUUUCAACGUAAGACUACUGUUAGCGACAUUUUUAUUUAUUCGGAGUAUAAGCUCGAUGAAAGUUAUACACCGAGUCGUAUUUCAAUAAGGAUCGGUACACAUUUUAACGACUUGCAAGAAAUUGAAGUGGUUAUGUUAACAGAACCCACAGGUAUGGGAGUUGUGUUCUAUCUAAGUAGCUUUUCUAAUACUAUCUGUAUAGGUUGGGUGCAUAUCCCUAUUAAAGAUGUACACGAUAAACCGAUACGAAUGUUUAUGAUUCAAAUUGCCGUUACCAGUAAUCAUCAAAAUGGUAGAGAUACGCAUAUGAGGCAGAUAAAGAUUCACAGUCCUACAGAAGGUCGUGGAAUUUCUAUGGAUAAUUUCGCAAAUUUUAGCAGUCUUGAAUUUGUAAAGUAUGCUACUAUUAGAUAAUGUUGAUGUAUUAUUUUUUUGUAUAAAGAAUUGUAGGAACAUAGUUAUUAAAUUCCAAUAUGUUUUC